GAAGUUUAUUUUACAUAACUAUUUGGAAUAUAGUUCAAUUGGUAGAAUUUUUUAUUAAUUUAGUAUCUUUUUCAUUUAACAACCACCACAACAACAGCAAAAUGUUUACAAAGUUGGCCUUAUUAUCGUUAGUUGCUCUGGCCUGGGCUAAACCUCAACAUCAAGCGGCUCAAUAUCCGGCUGGUGUAAAUCCUCAGGACUGCCCCGGUUUCCCUAUCUGUGAUAAUGCCCGUCUGCAUAAUCCCAACAAAUGGCAACAACCUGCUCCCUCCUGGCAACCACAACCCCAAUGGGGUGCCCCUCAACCUCAAUGGGGUGCACCACAACCCUCUUGGCAGCCUCAACCACAAUGGGGUGCUCCCGCCCCUGCUCCCGCUGCUGCCGCUCAAUUUCCAGCUGGUGUCAAUCCUCACUCCUGCCCCAACUAUCCCUUCUGUGAUGUUAAUGCUGGUGGUGCUGGCGCUCCUGCUCCUCCCCUACCCGGCUGGACUGAACGUCAAUACCCUGCCGGCGUUAGUCCCCACACCUGCCCCAACUUCCCCUACUGCAACUAAGAAAGUACUGCAUACGAUUUUCGAAUUUAACUGUCAAGUCUUCCUUACUUUUUUUCUUCAACUAUCUAUCGCUCUCCUCACUCAUCUCUCAACUCAACUGUGUGCUGUUGUUCGAUGUUUAACUUCUUUCACAUUUUCCAUUUAGUCUUUCCUGUGUUUUUUUUCCAUUAUUUCGCAAUGAACUCUCAAAAAAUAUUUGUAAAUAAAUUUAAAAUUUAAAAAUAACGUAUGUAAUACAUUUUAAUAAAAGAAUUUUAGAAAAUUUAAGACAAACAAAUUUAUAAUUAAACAAAAAAAAUAAAAAAAAUAAACUACUGAUUGUUGUUGGUAUAAUAAAGGCCACAAAUUCUUAGAAAAAAUUUAAGAAUUAUAAAAAAAGUUAAAUAAA